AUAAUCAACAACAACACGAGCAGUAACCGCGGGCUUUAAGGAGGGGACAAUAGGGGAUUGUCUUUGCGUCGCAUAUUCGCUCGGUGAGGGUAUCCGUCCCAUGAGCGUCCCAUCCAAUGCUGUCCUCACCCGCCAAGCGGCGCAAGACAAGUUCGACGACAUCGGUCCCUGUCGAUGCAUCGGGGGCUUCACAACAGCCCCUCCAUCGCGAUGAUGGUCCGGCACGCUCGCAACAGAGAUCAUUUCAGUCGCCAACAAAAGCUAGUCUUGCGCGAUCACGAUCCAGUAUACCACAGCGUGCGCAUACCCGAUCACCCACACAGAGUCCAGAGCGACACACGACACGAGACAAUGAAGGUGGUGAGAGAGCGCAGACGGUGGAGAGGUCAUUUGGGCUGCGCGACAGGAAGGCAUUGAGGCCUUCGCUGAGCGCGUCAUGGAGUCCAGGCAAAGGUCCAAGGUUGUCCAUGGGCCCGCCAUCUCCACGGCGAGCGAGCGGCAUCCAGGCUUUCACUGCGCCUCCAAGAAGAGUCUCGUCGAGGAUUACGCCCGCAGAUCUCGUUCCUGGAGCCUCUGCAGCAUCGGAACAACCCGUGCGCGCAACGCGGGCUACGGCAUCUAAAAGUCGAUCGCCGCCUGAAGCGGGCGAUGCAGCAGGAAAUCAGGAGGAAAGAAGAACAUCCGAGUCCAGAUCUUCAGAAGGCGACAAUGGGGAACCUGAGCUGCCACCUACGCCUACCGAGUUAGGCCUUGAAAAGGCACCUCAACGACCAAGAGGGCUGUUGAGCAGUAGCCCUAGUCGACUACGGCAGAAACGUCGCAUCUCAGAACCGGUGGGAUCGAGUCCUCUCAAACACGCCACGAGGCCUUCCAAGGAAGAGCGUGAAUAUGUGACUACAGGGCUAAAAAUGGAUUGGGGUGAGACGCGGGGAGAAGUCAAUGAGAAAGAGAGACAGAAGGAGGAGCUAUCUACGCGUCUUCGUCAGCUCAAAGACGAGGUCGCGGAACUGGAAAGGUGGGCAAAGAGAUCGGAACAUCCAGAUGCUUAUCUGGAGGGCAGUAGCGAUGAAACGCGCAAACUCAUAUCCUUAUUGACAUCCCAAAUCUCAACCGGAAUCCCAGAUUCUACUCCUGAUUCGGAUACUCCAUCUCUAUCAACCGCCCUGUUUUCGCUACUCCCUUUCUCGAAAAAGAAACCAAAGGCAAAUCGGCCGUCCAAAGUCCCAAAGAACCCAUUUGCUCUCCAGGAGCUGGCUGACGCGAAACCGUACCUCACGGUUUUUGCUCCUUUGACCCUGACAACGCAAUCCACAAAGCUAUCCACAUCAGUCUCGGGCACAUUGACCGAAACGCAUGAACUUACUCUGUCCGCACCACACCCAUAUCCGCAGCAUAUAUACCGAGUACCUAUAACGCUCCGAACAAACCCAGACACCCAGUCCGUCACAUCAAUAUCGGUAUCGAACAAGUCUGCUCAGCUACCGCCCCAGAUCAACCGGUGGAUCCAGACUCGACUUUCUAGCCCUCUUCUAAAACUCGACAUUUCAGGCCUCUGCUGGGGUCUAAACCGUUACUGGGAAGCUACGAUAUCCCGCGCCCAGCUGUGGGCUAGACUACAAAACCGUUAUCAUACGCUGAUCGUAGGCGGUGGUAUCAAUCGAUUCUCAGAUCCAGACAAGCAUCUAGAAACCGAUCCUCGACUCCUAGCGCCUCAUCUAGAACGAACUACAAUGCUCUUCUCCUCAGGACGAGCAAACGACCCUCGAAUCCUGAUAUCCUGCACAUUAACUCUCGACGAAUGGACCGCGGAGCCGCAACUCCAUCCGGAAAUCAGUCUCUCGACCCCCGUCCUGGAAUCAGGAAGUGCAAAAGUCGAGCGGGACGCGAAGAGACUAUUCCGCAGUCUUCUCGGAGCAGCGACCAAACAAAACGACCUAGGAGCUAGCGUUAAUGGUGAUUCGAUCCUGCGCGCCGCAGAAGGAGUAAUGAGUCUCUUGUUUCCGAACGAUGUUGCUAAAUCAAAACGGUCAAGGUAGUUAAAAAGAAAGGAAAAGAAAAUAUCCCACCACAGAAACGUAUGUACAGUACAUACAUACCUCAGGUUUAACGAAGACGUGGUGUUUAUCGGUUUUCAUGUGUGUUUUGCAGCGGGGCGCGAGGUUCAUGGGAAUUUUAUUAUACCAUUGUAUAGAGUUAUUAUUGAAUUGUGUUUAUUCUAUGCAUAGUUGUGGAUGUAGAUGUAGAUGUAUAUUAUAGCUUAUAUUACUUUCUCUAAGCACUGAGCCAUCCUAUGGAUUCGUUGGGUUGUCUAGGUGUAUGUUCCUUUCCACGCUGUGGUGCAUGCAGUCAGUUAACCUAAGAGAAAAAAAAG